AUGCUCGCCAAGAACUUGCUCGGUUUGACCAGACGUGCUAAUCAAGUCGCUGUUAUGCGCUCUCUUCACAAGGGUGUUGAAGGUGCUCCACCAAUGAGAUACAUUAGUCUCUCAGUAAGUUUUUGGUUAAUGUUUGUUUGGUGUUUUAGGUAUUAACAAAGGAGAAAUUUAUAGUGAACCGUAGUGAUGGCUUUUGUUGCUUUAAAUUUUAAUAAUUUUCUCUUCUACUAAAAGUUAUUACAUUGUUAGUAUACUUAGUGCUUUUGAGGGUUGUGGGUUUUAAAAGAAAUUUAACUGAUGAUGACAGUAUUUAUUAGACUUAUCAAAGUGCUCGCUAUGUUUUAAACGCCAUUUAAGGUUUUAGUGAGGAAACGUUUUUGUGUUAUGUCAUGUUGUUUUAGGUAUACUAACUUUAACCAGAAUUUUUUUGAAUAUUAUCGUAACUUUUUUAAAUAAAUAGUUAGAGGCUUGAAGUGUUAGGUGUUAGUAGCUUAUUUAUUUUUUGACCUUUACUUUUAAACAAAAUAUAGAGAUUUUAAAAACAUUUUAAGUUAUAGUAGGUUUAUCGCACCUCUAAUUUUACCAAAUUUUAAAUUUUAUAUUUUUGGUUUUAAUGUUAUAUUUUCAGGAGAAGGUUGGUACCUACUUGUUCAUCGCCGUCACUUUCCUCUCUUAUCCAACCUAUGUCAUGUUCAGAUUGGACUCGCUUCGUCCCAAACCAGACAAUGAGUUGUCGCCAGAAACUCAAGCCGCUUUGGAAGAGCACCGUGCCGCUCGUUUGGCUCGUUCCCACUAG